AUGCGAUUAGUGACCUUGGACGGCAUCCGAUUGAUGAGUUGGGUCGAGUCCACGCUCUACUGGACCAGUUUCCCGAUCGGGACUCCAGUGGAUGCUUUGCUUUCGCGCACGCCGCAAGUCUUGACACAUUUGAAGAGAAGGUCCGACUACGUGAAGCAGAUCAUACCGAAGGAUGGAUUGGAGCUGAUUUGGAGGAGGAUGAUCGAGCUCGAAAGGCCGGUGUUGACCUUCAACCCUUACGGAGGCAAGAUGGGCGAGAUUCCCGCGACCAACACCCCAUUUCCGCAUAGGGCCGGGAACCUAUGGAAGAUACAGUACGCGACAAAUUGGGACGAGGAUGGGGACGAGGCGGCACGGCACUACAUCGAGCUGACGAGGAAGCUCUAUCGUUACAUGACGCCCUUUGUGUCGAAGAACCCGAGAGAAGCGUUCUUGAAUUAUAGGGACCUUGAUCUGGGGAUUAACCACAAUGGAGACGAGAGCUACGAGGAAGGGAAAGUGUACGGGGUGAAGUACUUCAAGGGCAAUUUCAACAGGUUGGUGGAGAUAAAGACCAAAGUCGAUCCUGGUAAUUUCUUCAGAAACGAGCAGAGCAUUCCGGUUCUUCCCCGGUGAAAAAGAAAGUGGAAGCGCCCAAUAAAUAAUAAUUGCAUUUCUGCUGAUCCUUUAGACACUUCAUUAGUUCAGAGAUUUGUAAGUUUGUAUUGGCGAAUAAAGCAGAAUUUGUGAAUGA